UUCCCAACUGCGGAGAUGGCUGCAGCAGCCUAUGACGCGGCCGCGCUCGCUCUCAAGCGCGCGGAUGCUGUUCUCAACUUUCCAAGCUCCAUGGACUCGUAUCCUGUGCCAGCAUCCAUGUCUCCACAGGACAUUCGUAGCGCUGCUGCAGCUGCUGCUGCGGCAACAGCACUACAACGGAAUGAGGAGGCGGAUAACAGUCUUAGGGUCACAGAGAGGCAGAAGAAGUACGAAUACGAUAUGACGAUGAUGAGUAGUACUAGUUUGGCGUCGUCUGUGGGAAUGGAUGAAGAAGAGCUUUUCGGGAUGCCAAAUUUGCUGGCGAACAUGGCAGAGGGCAUGCUUCUGUCUCCACCGAGACCGUCUGAUUAUCCCGACUCUUCCGGCAAUUCAGACGGAGCAGAGAGUCGUCUAUGGAGCUAUUGAUUAUAAUAGCGUUACAUAUGCCUGAAUAGUGAGUUAUAAAAGACAAAAAAAAAGAAGAAGAAGAAGAAGAAGAAAUUAUGUGCAGCGCUGAUGUGAAGCGAUGGAUAAGGACCACCUAAUUCAUUAUAAGGUCACGGCAUCCAUUAUUGGUUCAGUUCUUGGGAUGAUGCUGACGAAUUGGGGACCUUGUGCUUAUCUGUUAUGUGCUAAUAGUCUAUGCUUCGAUCCAAAA